AUGUUUGCUGUUGAAGAAUGGCUUUCAGGAUUCGUAGAGUAUUUAAUGGAAAACAAUGAUGGAAACUAUGGAGAGGCUGAAGUACAAAAUCUAGCAAAAGAACAAUGGCUAUUAAAUGAUUUGAAGGAUAUCUGCCCUGGUUGCCUUCCUGCAAAUUUGAAACAUCAGCAGAAAACCAUUUUGAAUGGGAGAUUUGUGCUACAGAUAAAUGCUGCUGUAGAUAUAGGCACGCCUGCUUACCAACAAUACCUGAAGCUGCAAAAAAUUAAUAUGGAAAAUAUAGAAGCAACUACUAACUUUGAGGAGAAAAUAUCUAGCCACAGAAUGAUAAAGUUGUAUCUCACAGAUGGCGUGCAGGAAGUGUCGGCCAUUGAGUACAGGCCAAUGCGCAACCUAAGCAGCGACGUGACGCCCGGCUGCAAAGCGCUAAUUAAGGGUCCGGUGGAGUGUCGCCGUGGCAUGAUCAUGCUGACCGAAAGUAAUUUAGAGCUCCUGGGUGGCGAGGUUCAGGAGUUGGCAGACGCAAACUCUCUUGUGGGUCUACUUGCCGCGAAACUAGGCCUGUCCGCCAUAGAGUGCCUUCAGAACGCCUCCAGACAGGCGAAUAUGGCACAGCAGGCGCCAGUGUCAGCACAAAAUGGCGGUCCACCGGCAGAACAAGCGAUAUUCGUCCAACCAAAUAGUGCUGCGAGGGUGGAACCGGAGGAGACCUUCGAAGACGACAUCGACGUGGAGCAGCUGGCGGCCAUAGAGGCUCAAUUCGCGAACCCGUCCAAGAGGCCUCUUAACGACGCCGCCUCCAAUCCGGAGAAGAGGGCGAAAACGAAUCCCGCCCCUAUCAACAACGCCGACGAUUACCCCGAGGUCGACGACCUCGUAAUGGAGGACGACGACCACGCCAGGGAAAUGGAGGCGAGGUUCGACACGCAGGAAAGUGCACCCACGGCCCUUGACAAUAGAGCUCCGAUUUCCGUGCCGUGUGACCCGUUCGUGUACAUCAAACAGAUCGCCGAGCUGAGCGAAUCGGAGAGGGCCGGUAGAGUCUUCCGCGUGAAGGGCCAGAUCAUCAAGCUCCUGUCCAAACUGUCCGUGGGCAAGGAUGGCUGGAGUUUGAAGUGCGCCAUCGUGGACGGCACCGGCAGCCUGGAGGUGGAUUUCACCAGCGACGUUCUGUCGCAGCUGGUGGGCUACACGCCCGCCGAGAUGAACCGGAUAAAAAAGCAAAUGGCGACACAGCCCGAGCUCAAAGAGAAGGCGGUAGAGGCACUGCAAAAGGCGAAGGAGCGACUCCAAGUCCUGUAUCGUAUAAUAGAGCUGACAAUGUCGGACGGUCCCAAGAUAACGCAACUCUUGCCCUUCGACGCUGCGCAUGCAGACCUUCUAAUUAAAAGGCGCUUGCCGGGCGAUUUG